GACCGGUGCCUGACGUAUCUGAAGAAGGCACUUCCCUCUUCAUCCUGCAUUUUCCUUUCUUCCCCCACUUUGGUUUUAAUUAGAUCUCAUCUCAUCUCCCUCUUCUUCUUCUUCCUGAUCCGGUAACGAUUCAUCGGCGCUCGGUUCUUUUGUUUCCCCUUUCUUAUCUUCUUUCUCCCGGUUUCCCCUCACCAUUUGUUCCUCCGUGUUGUAGGUUUUCUUCCUUCCCUGGAUUUGUGAUUGAAAGGAAGUCAAUUUGUUCCGCUUCGAAUCAAUGGCUGCUCCGCCGGCAAGAGCUCGCGCCGAUUACGAUUACCUCAUAAAGCUCCUCUUGAUCGGCGAUAGCGGUGUGGGUAAGAGUUGCCUCCUUCUACGUUUUUCAGAUGGUUCCUUCACCACAAGUUUCAUAACAACCAUUGGCAUUGACUUCAAGAUAAGGACAAUUGAGCUUGAUCAGAAGCGUAUUAAGUUGCAGAUAUGGGAUACUGCUGGUCAAGAGCGUUUCCGUACAAUUACAACCGCUUAUUACCGGGGAGCAAUGGGCAUUUUACUCGUGUAUGAUGUCACUGACGAGUCAUCUUUCAACAAUAUUAGGAAUUGGAUUCGCAACAUUGAACAACAUGCUUCUGACAAUGUCAACAAGAUCUUGGUGGGAAACAAGGCGGACAUGGAUGAGAGCAAGAGGGCUGUUCCUACCUCGAAAGGCCAGGCGCUUGCAGAUGAAUAUGGCAUCAAGUUCUUUGAGACUAGUGCUAAGACGAACUUAAAUGUGGAAGAAGUUUUCUUUUCAAUAGCUAGGGACAUCAAGCAACGACUUGCAGAUACUGAUUCAAAGUCCGAGCCACAGACGAUCAAGAUUAAUCAACCGGACCAGGCUGGAGGUGCCAGCCAGGCUGCACAAAAGUCUGCUUGCUGUGGUUCAUAAACAAGGGGGUUUUAAACACAGAUUACAGGGAUACCCUCGUUGUCUUCAUCGUACGGCUAAGUCUCUUGCUUGUUGGUGGGAACUGGAUUUUGUUUAUCUGACUAUUGUGGUCUAUGCUGCUUGUAUUAUUCUCCUAAUCAAUUAUUUUACAACACUACCAAAACAAUCAAGGACACCAACAUUUGGGUAUGAAUUGCUUAGAUCGUUUGUCAUUUGGGGAAUUGUAUUAUUAUGUCUGCUUUGAUAUUGACUAAAGUGUAGGAUCUCUCUCAAAUGGAAUAUCCUCUCCAUUGACCGCUCUACUUCACUGUAAUGAGAUUUGAUUACCCCCAUUUUCCUCAGUAUGCGCUGAAGAAGAUUUAAUGGAAUCCAUCAUCUACUUGCACC